AUGCGCGUCCUCCUCUCGGUGGUCGCGUCCCUCCUCCUCCUGGCUGGCGCGCACGCGACUGCGCUCACUACCAUCCUCAAGGCGGGCGAGAAGGCGUGCUAUUAUGCUGAUGUUGAUGGUGCUGGCGAGAAAGUCGGCUUCUACUUUGCCAUCCAAUCCGGCGGCAACUUUGAGAUUGACUGGGUCGUGAUGGACCCCGAGGACAGGAUUAUCAUCGAGGGCGACAACGAGCGGCAAGGCGACUACAUCUUCACGGCUAAGCAAAUUGGAGAGUACUCGUUCUGCUUUGCCAACGAAGCGGCGGGCACGGAUAAGCUGAUUGACUUUGACAUCAUGGUCGAGUCUGAACCUCGCCACGUCCUCUCGGCAUCGCAGGCACCGCUCAAGGACCACACCUCGGCCCUCGAGGAGAGCACGUACAAGAUCAACGGGUUACUCUCCAGCAUCCAGCGUCUGCAGAAGUACUUCCACACCCGCCACCACCGCAAUUACUCGACCGUGCUGUCGACCCAGAGCCGUCUGUUCUGGUUCACCAUUCUCGAGUGUGUCGCCGUCGUCGCCAUGUCUCUGGCACAGAUCUGGAUCCUCAAGACGUUCUUCUCGCGCUCGGGCAGCCGAAGGUUCCGCGUCUGA